AUGUUUUCAACUCCGAACUCUUCGGGUGCCGCGCCCAACAGCACGACCAGCACUGCGCCGGCCAGUGGAGGAUUGUUUGGCAAUGCUGCUGCUACGUCUGGAGCGCCCAGCUUUUCCUUUGGUAAUGCAACAACCACUCCUGCUACCAACCCUCCAGGAUCCCUCUUUGGAGGCCAGAACGCUGCUGCAUCAAAGCCUGCUGGCGGUCUCUUUGGUGGAGCUGCUGCUGCUUCUUCAUCUGCUACUCCAACCACUUCUGCCGGGGGCCUAUUUGGAGGAGGAGCCUCGACCACACCGGCUACAGGCGGCCUGUUUGGCGGCGCGACCACUACAACAGCAGCCUCAACCACACCGGCGGCAGGUGGGCUAUUUGGCAACACGAAAACAAGCACUGCAGCACCAGCCGCUGGCGGUCUGUUUGGCAAUAAACCUGCAUCGACUACUCCCUCGACUGGUGGCUUGUUCGGAACCAAUGCCAGCCAGACGCCAAGCACUGCGACAACUCCAUCUCUAGGCUUGUUUGGAAACAAACCAGCUCCUGCUGCCCAACCGACUACCCCGACCCUUGCUGCUGGAGCGACAACACCUGCCAGACCAUUAUUCGGACAAUCGACAACGCCUGCCGGCGCACCCCCCGCAAACCCUGCCAAACCUGCGGGUAACAAUCUGUUUGGAACCGCUGCCAGCACUGCUCCAGCUGCUGGCGCGGCCGGCACGACUACUGCUGCUGCCGGUGGCCUAUUCGGAGCCAAGCCCGCUGGUGACAAAGAUGCUGCGAAGCCCGCCGCCCAAACAACCACUACAAGCGCAUUGGGCGCGUCCACCAAUGGACCUCCAUCUCAGAUGGCCCGGCUGAAGAAUAAGACGAUGGAGGAUAUUGUCACUCGAUGGGCCUCGGAUCUUUCCAAAUACCAAAAGGAGUUCAAGGACCAAGCCACUAUCGUGUCCAACUGGGACAGAAAUUUGGUGGACAAUGGUGAAAAGAUUCAGAAACUGUAUCUGGAUACAUUUGAAGCGGAGCGAGCCAGCCACGAGAUUGAGCGCCAACUCGCUGCUGUGGAGAGCCAACAGGAGGAGCUGGAGGCCUGGUUGAACCGAUACGAGUCAGAGGUCCAGGACAUGUUUUCCAAGCAGAUGGGUCCUGGUGAACAGCUUGGAGGACCGGACCAGGAGCGUGAGCGCACCUAUAAGCUAGCGGAGAAGCUCACACAGCAACUCGAUGAGAAGUCGCGAGACCUGUCCAAGAUGGUCAAGGAGAUUAACGAAAUUUCUGGAACACUGAGCAAGGGAGCCAAGGCUGAGGAUCCACUGAGCCAGAUUGUUCGCGUACUGAACGGCCAUCUUACUCAAUUGCAAUGGAUUGACGCCAACGCCUCAGCUCUACAGGCCAAGGUCUCGGCCGCGCAAAAGUCGAGCAGCAACCUGGGUAGCCACUACGGUAGCGGAGAGAGCGACGUGGCGGAGAGCUUCUACAGAUCUUACAUGGGACGGAGGUGA